GUCACCAUUUGCUGCUGUCACAGACUAUUCAGUUACAAGGAAUAAUGUCAUACAGCUCUGCUUGGAAUUAACAACAAUUGUGCAACAGGAUUGUACUGUGUAUGAAACAGAGAAUAAAAUUCUUCAUGUGUGUAAAACUCUUUCUGGAGUCUGUGACCACAUCAUAUCCCUGUCAUCAGAUCCUCUGGUUUCACAGUCUGCCCACCUGGAAGUGAUUCAGCUGGCAAACAUCAAGCCAAGUGAAGGGCUGGGUAUGUAUAUUAAAUCAACAUAUGAUGGGCUCCAUGUAAUUACUGGAACUACAGAAAAUUCACCUGCAGAUCGGUGCAAGAAAAUCCAUGCUGGCGAUGAAGUGAUUCAAGUUAACCAUCAGACUGUGGUGGGGUGGCAGUUGAAAAAUUUGGUGAAUGCACUACGAGAGGACCCGAGUGGUGUUAUCUUAACUUUGAAAAAGCGACCUCAGAGCAUGCUUACCUCAGCACCAGCUUUACUGAAAAAUAUGAGAUGGAAGCCCCUUGCUCUGCAGCCUCUUAUACCUAGAAGUCCCACAAGCAGCGUUGCCACGCCUUCCAGCACCAUCAGUACACCAACCAAAAGAGACAGUUCUGCUCUCCAGGAUCUCUACAUCCCCCCUCCUCCUGCAGAACCAUAUAUUCCCAGGGAUGAGAAAGGAAACCUUCCUUGUGAAGACCUCAGAGGACAUAUGGUUGGCAAGCCAGUGCAUAAGGGAUCUGAAUCACCAAAUUCAUUUCUGGACCAGGAAUAUCGAAAGAGGUUUAAUAUUGUUGAGGAAGAUACUGUUUUGUACUGCUAUGAAUAUGAAAAAGGAAGAUCAAGUAGUCAAGGAAGACGAGAAAGCACCCCGACUUAUGGCAAGCUACGACCAAUAUCUAUGCCAGUGGAAUAUAAUUGGGUAGGGGACUAUGAAGAUCCAAAUAAGAUGAAGAGAGAUAGUAGAAGAGAAAACUCUCUACUCCGAUAUAUGAGCAAUGAAAAAAUUGCUCAAGAAGAAUACAUGUUUCAGAGAAACAGCAAAAAAGACACUGGGAAGAAGUCUAAAAAGAAGAGUGAUAAGAGUAAUAGCCCGACUCACUAUUCAUUGCUACCUAGUUUGCAAAUGGAUGCACUGAGACAAGACAUCAUGGGCACGCCUGUGCCAGAGACCACACUAUACCAUACAUUUCAGCAGUCCUCUCUGCAACACAAAUCAAAGAAGAAAAACAAAGGUCCUAUAGCUGGCAAGAGCAAAAGACGAAUUUCUUGCAAAGAUCUUGGACGAGGGGACUGUGAAGGUUGGCUUUGGAAAAAGAAAGAUGCAAAGAGUUAUUUUUCACAGAAAUGGAAGAAAUACUGGUUUGUCCUUAAGGAUGCAUCCCUAUAUUGGUAUAUUAAUGAGGAGGAUGAAAAAGCAGAAGGAUUCAUCAGUCUGCCUGAAUUUAAAAUUGACAGAGCCAGUGAAUGCCGCAAGAAAUAUGCAUUCAAAGCUUGUCAUCCUAAAAUCAAAAGCUUUUAUUUUGCUGCUGAGCAUCUUGAUGAUAUGAACAGGUGGCUUAACAGAAUCAAUAUGCUGACUGCAGGAUAUGCAGAAAGAGAGAGGAUUAAGCAAGAACAAGAUUACUGGAGUGAGAGUGACAAGGAAGAAGCAGAUACUCCAUCAACACCCAAACAGGACAGCCCUCCGCCCCCUUAUGACACAUACCCACGACCUCCCUCUAUGAGUUGUGCCAGUCCUUACGUGGAAACAAAACACAGCCGGCUCUCUUCCACAGAGACCUCUCAGUCACAGUCCUCCCAUGAGGAGUUUCGCCAGGAAGUGAUUGGGAGCAGUGUGGUGUCCCCCAUUCGCAAGACAGCCAGUCAGCGCCGCUCCUGGCAGGAUUUAAUCGAGACGCCCCUGACAAGCUCAGGAUUACACUAUCUUCAGACUCUGCCCCUGGAGGAUUCUGUCUUCUCUGACUCCGCGGCCAUCUCCCCAGAGCACAGGCGGCAGUCCACCCUUCCAACUCAGAAGUGCCACCUACAGGAUCACUAUGGGCCAUACCCCUUGGCCGAGAGCGAGAGGAUGCAAGUGUUAAAUGGAAAUGGGGGCAAACCUCGAAGUUUUACUCUGCCUCGAGAUAGCGGGUUCAACCACUGCUGUCUGAACGCUCCUGUUAGUGCCUGUGACCAGCAGGAUGACGUGCAGCCCACAGAGGUGGAGGAAGAGGAGGAGGAGGAGGAGGAGGAAGGGGAGGCAGCAGGGGAAAACAUAGGAGACAAAAGUGAAAGUAGGGAAGACAAGUUAGGAGAUUCAUUGCAAGAUUUAUACAGGGCAUUGGAGCAAGCCAGUCUGUCACCGCUGGGAGAACAUCGCAUUUCAACCAAGAUGGAAUACAAGCUAUCAUUUAUAAAGAGAUGUAAUGACCCUGUGAUGAAUGAAAAACUACACAGGCUGAGAAUUCUCAAAAGCACUUUAAAGGCAAGAGAAGGGGAAGUAGCCAUUAUUGAUAAAGUCCUAGACAAUCCAGACUUGACAUCUAAAGAAUUCCAACAAUGGAAGCAGAUGUACCUCGAUCUUUUCUUGGAUAUCUGUCAAAACACAACCUCAAAUGACCCAUUAAGUAUUUCUCCUGAAGUAGAUGUAAUCACUUCCUCUCUCACACACACUCACUCAUACAUUGAAACGCAUGUGUAAGUAUAUUCUGCCCUCUGGCCAUCUGGUACCUUCUGGUACUUUGAACAAGUAUAUGAGGUAGUUUUAUAUCAGUGUAUGGGACACUUGACAAGUUAUACUUUAAACUAUGUGAAACAAACCAUAUAUGGUCAUAAUACCACUGUCUUUAAUGAGCAUUUGUGUAUUUUAUAUGCAAUUAGUGCUCAGCUUAUGUUUACCAUGUGCAAAAUCAACGGUCUUCAGUGACUUAAAAUUAACUUUUGCAAACAACUCUGAAGACAGGUGGUCUUCAAGUAGUAAAACCACAAAAAGGCAAUUUUCUAUAUAAGAUCAUCUUUUCUCCCUUUAAGUUAAUUUUAUACAAACAGGACUUCAAAAGUAAAUCACAUUUUUUCAGGUGCAGACAUCCUUGUGGGUGGGAAAGAAUUUAAACCUUUUUUAUAUUUAUUAAAAUGUUCGAAGAAUUUUCUUAAACAUUGCACAAAGUUUAAUGCUGUAGUUUUAUUUUUGUGAAAUGUAGAUGUGCAUACAAGAGUUAAGCAAAAUAGAAGAGCAUCAACAUAAGAAAAGUUCAGGUAUCUAAUAUUCGUCUUAAUAGUCUAUUAACUUGUGAAAGCUGGUUAAUGGAAAUACUAUUCCAAAUCUAUGGGGACACUUAAUGGUGUAUCAGGGCAAAGCUUUGUAAGAUGUUUUUGUAACUAAGACCAAAAUUGAAGAUAGAGCUGCUUUAUUUUCUUGGUUUAAAUCUUCCUUUAUUUUUGUAGUGACGAAAUGCUGAUUGUGUACAGAGGAAUUUGAGAGUGGAUUUUUUAAAACACAGCUAAUUCACCCAGAAAGGCAGCUAAGAUAGAUAGAUAUAUAGAUAUAAGUAUCUAUAUAUAUAAACAAUUUCAGCCCAAACUCGUGUUUUUAAACUCCGGCUCCUAAAAAACAAGGUAUAAACUGAAAUGACUCAACUUUUCAGUAAUUUUUCCAAUUUUUCCCCCAGUCCAUUAAUUACGCUUACAUAAUUAUACUUCAGGCAGGGAAGUAAAUGUUUCAUUACAGGCUGGUGUGUGUUCUAAUAUAAAAAUAAUGUUGACAAAUGAAAUGUGCCUCUCUCUCGAGGAGGAAGAGGAUGAUGGUUCAUUCAGAGAUAUAUUACAAUGAAUUCCAUGAGCAAAAGAAUUUAUAGAGGUUUUUCCUAGCUUCAUGAAUUGUUCUGUAGAGUGGAUGAAGUCUAUGAAAAAGUUCUCUUCAUAUAUUUCCAUUUAUAAGUAUCUUGUUUUUGAAAGUGAUCACAGCAUGAUAAUGACUGUGCUGCUUUUUAGUGUCUGGCUGCAUAACGUACAAGUCACAAUUUGCUGUUUUUUAGGGGGAGGAAGGGACCCUCCUUUACUAUUCUAUAUCCUAAAUCUACUUCUAAUCAGCUUUAUACUGUUGCCUGUACAGCUCAGUGAAUGUACUUUCAUCUCUAAGAGUUCAGAUAUAUGCCAGUGAAUAUUUUUGCUGUAGAGGAGGAAGUAAAAACUCCACAGCAGGGAUCAUUUUCUUUGCUUUUGAAACCAACAUUGAAUCACUCGUUUUGCAGACUUUGCACACUGUACAGGAGAGUGGCCUUUCUACAGCACAUUUUCAGUAAUCCUAUAUUUAGUCAAAAUGGAUGAAAAAUCAUGUAUUAAUAAGGUUUGUAUGGAAUUUUGGGUCUAGUGUGAUAUUUUUAUCAUUUAAAAAACUAUUUGUAAAAACAUUUAUUUACUGCAUGAAUAUUGACGUACAUUAAAUUUGUGGAAUUUUGUAUAUGUAAAAAAAAAAAAAAACCCACAAACAAAAACCUCUUGUCCUAAGAUGAAGUGUGCUUGUUACAGGUGUUUAGACUUGUUGAUGUUUACUAGACCAAAUGUGUACAUUCACUUAAAAAUAUCCGUACCUGAUGGAUGUGUCAUGGUUACAUACAUGUUUACCCUGUAAACAAUGAGCAGUUGAUGGAAAGACUAGCCGUGUUGCUACAAAGCAGCUUUUACCUUUGUAAAGUCAGCUCUGUUGUUUUAAAUGGUAAAAAUUAAACUAAUGAAGUUUAAAAGACUCGUGACUAGCUUAGCAUGAAAGAGACCUUUUAACACUAUAUUUAUCUGUACAUUUAAUUGCAUUAGUUUCAAAUCUAGGAGAGAGGCAGCACUGUAAACUGAAGUGAAAUAAAUUUAGCUCUUAAUGAA